ACACGCGACUGGUAUAUAGAAGAUUUUAAGUACAUUACAAUUGUUUUAUGAUUGAUCGUAAUGGCAGAUUUUAUUCACCUGUUGUUAUUAAUGUGUUGUGGAUUUUCGACAAUAGAUUUAGCCUUUGCACCAUCUACCCAGUCACCAACAAGCAAGCCGAAACCGACGCCAGUCAACAAACUGGCGAUGGGACUUGGAAUAGGACUCGGACUUCUAAGUAUAUUUGCACUGGUUACCGUCGCAAUGUGUUGCGUUUGCAGACGAUUGGCCAAAAGAAAAGAGCCAGAAAUUGUUUCAAUAUCAAAUGGGACCCAUAAGGAAAGCCCUGCUGUGACGUCACAUGAGGAGCCGGAAAUUGUUUCAAUAUCAAGUGGGAUCCAUAAGGAAAGCUCUGCUGUGACGUCACAAGAGACUCGCGAGUAUUCCCGACUGACGCCGGGAUCUGACGAGUUUCCACGGAAUCGAGUGACACCCAGGAACGUGCUCGGAGAGGGCAGAUUCGGAAAGGUUCUGAAAGCAGUGGCUUUGGAUAUCCGAGGACUGGGACGGUGGGACGAGGUGGCUAUCAAAAUGGUUAAAGAAUCAGCCACGGAUGCGGAGAAACAGGAUUUUUAUCACGAGCUGCUGAUAGUGAAGAAACUACGAAAACACGUCAACGUCGUCACCUUUCUUGGAUGCUGUACUGUAGGAGAACCAGCACUCAUGAUCAUGGAGUAUGUUUCUGGUACUGACCUAUUGACCUACUUACGGAAAUGCCGACCGGGAAGACUAUCACGUGAUGAACAAGGGAAUACUCUAUCGCAGAAGGAUUUGCUAUCAUUUGCAUUUCAGACAGCGCGUGGCCUACGACAUUUAGAAAAUAGCAAGAUUGUUCACAGGGAUGUGGCUGCCAGGAACGUCUUGGUGGACAAGGACAAAGUCUGUAAGGUUUCUGACUUCGGUCUCGCACGAGACAUAGAGAGUGCUGAUAUUUACGAUAUCACAUCAAAGGGACCCCUGCCUAUCAGAUGGAUGGCUCCUGAGUCUCUCCGUGACACGAUUCACACACACAAGUCAGACGUGUGGGCUUACGGGGUACUGCUCUGGGAAAUUGUCACUCUUGGGUCAAGUCCGUAUCCGGGGAUGUCUGUUAAGGAGGUAAUCACGUUCGUCCUUGAGAAGAACAAACAAGAAAGUCCUCCACAGUGUAACGACGAGAUAUCUAAAAUAAUGCAGGAGUGCUGGGAGUUUAAAGCCUCAGACCGGCCUUCGUUUGACGACGUCAUCGUGACGUUUGAACAGAUCCUGGAGGAUGAGGGGGACUACAUCCGACUGGAGAACAUGGGCGAUGGAUUGUACGAAAUACUCGAGGGACUGUUCACUGAUGAGAAAUUGUGACACACUUUGACUGCUAGUGGACAGCAUAUAGACAAUACUACACAGACUAUUUACUUAGAAGUGAACAGACAAUACAAAACAGUACAAAGACUAUUUACUUAGGAGUAGACAUUGUAUACAAAAUACAGGUACUGCAAAGAAUAUUCACUUAGGAGUGGACAGAGUACACACAACUCUACAAAGACUAUUUUCUUAGGAGAAUUUGUGAUACAUUUUGAAUGGGAAAUGUCGUCAGAGUAUAAAAUACAAUGUACUAUAAAGACUAUUUACUAACAAGAAAUUGCGAUACAUUUUGAAUGAGUGGACAGAAUAUACACAGACAGUUUCCCAACAAGAAAUUGUGAUAUAUUUUAAAUGGGGAAAGGUCGACAGAGUGUACAAAUACAAUGUACUAUAAAGACUAUUUACUGAGAAGAAAUUGUGAUACAUUUUGAAUGGGUGGACAGAAUAUACACAGACAGUUCACCAACGAGAAAUUGUGAUAUAUUUUAAAUGGGUGGGGACAUCGUACACAAAAAUACUACAAAGAUUCUUUACUGAUGAGCAAAUGUAAUACAUUUUGAAUGAGAGAGUUUGCAAACAAUACUACAAAGACUCUUUACUGGUGAGAUAUUGUGAUAAUUUUGAAUGAGAGUGGACAGAGUAUGCAAACAAUACUACAAAGACUCUUUACUGAUGAGAAAGUGUGAUACAUUUUGAAUGGGAGUGGACAGAGUAUGCAAACAAUACUACAAAAACUCCUUACUGAUGAGAAAGUGUGAUACAUUUUGAAUGGGAGUGGACAGAGUAUGCAAACAAUACUACAAAGACUCCUUACUGAUGAGAAAGUGUGAUACAUUUUGAAUGAGAGUGGACAGAGUAUGCAAACAAUACUACAAAGACUCCUUACUGAUGAAAAAGUGUGAUACAUUUUGAUUGAGAGUGAACAGAGUAUGCAAACAAUACUACAAAGACUCUUUACUGAUGAGAAAGUGUGAUACAUUUUGAAUGAGAGUGGACAGAGUGCAAACUAUACUACAAAGACUCCUUACUGAUGAGAAAGUGUGAUACAUUUUGAAUGUGAGUGGACAGAGUAUGCAAACAAUACUACAAAGACUCUUUACUAAUGAGAAAGUGAGAUACAUUUUGAUUGAGAGUGAACAGAGUAUGCAAACAAUACUACAAAGACUCUCACUGGUGAGAAAGUGAGAUACAUUUUGAGUGAGAGUGGACAGAGUAUGCAGCUAUACUACAUUUUGAAUGAGAGUGGACAGUAUGCAAACAAUACUACAAAGACUCUUUACUGGUGAGAAAGUGUGAUACAUUUUGAAUGAGAGUGGACAGAGUAUGCAAACAAUACUACAAAGACUCUUUACUGAUGAGAAAGUGUGAUAUUGUGAUGAGAAAGUGUGAUACAUUUUGAAUGAGAGUGGACAGAGUAUGCAAACAAUACUACAAAGACUCUUUACUGAUGAGAAAGUGUGAAAAUUGUGAUGAGAAAGUGUGAUACAUUUUGAAUGAGAGUGGACAGAGUAGGCAAACAAUACUACAAAGACCCUUUACUGAUGAGAAAGUGUGAUAUUGUGAUGAGAAAGUGUGAUACAUUUUGAAUGAGAGUGGACAGAGUAGGCAAACAAUACUACAAAGACUCUUUACUGAUGAGAAAGUGUGAUACAUUUUGAAUGAGAGUGGACAGAGUGCAAACUAUACUACAAAGACUCCUUACUGAUGAGAAAGUGUGAUACAUUUUGAAUGUGAGUGGACAGAGUAUGCAAACAAUACUACAAAGACUCUUUACUAAUGAGAAAGUGAGAUACAUUUUGAUUGAGAGUGAACAGAGUAUGCAAACAAUACUACAAAGACUCUCACUGGUGAGAAAGUGAGAUACAUUUUGAGUGAGAGUGGACAGAGUAUGCAGCUAUACUACAUUUUGAAUGAGAGUGGACAGUAUGCAAACAAUACUACAAAGACUCUUUACUGGUGAGAAAGUGUGAUACAUUUUGAAUGAGAGUGGACAGAGUAUGCAAACAAUACUACAAAGACUCUUUACUGAUGAGAAAGUGUGAUAUUGUGAUGAGAAAGUGUGAUACAUUUUGAAUGAGAGUGGACAGAGUAUGCAAACAAUACUACAAAGACUCUUUACUGAUGAGAAAGUGUGAAAAUUGUGAUGAGAAAGUGUGAUACAUUUUGAAUGAGAGUGGACAGAGUAGGCAAACAAUACUACAAAGACCCUUUACUGAUGAGAAAGUGUGAUAUUGUGAUGAGAAAGUGUGAUACAUUUUGAAUGAGAGUGGACAGAGUAGGCAAACAAUACUACAAAGCCUUUACUGGUGAGAUACUGUGAUACAUUUUUAAUGAGAGUGGACAGAGUAUGCAAACAAUACUACAAAGACUCUUUACUGAUGAGAAAUAUUUGGAUGAUACACGAAGAUCAUACGAAAUUUAGACGGCAAAGUUUACUGAGGAAAAUUUAUAAAUUUGAAUGAAAUAGUUUAUGGAUUCUGUGGGGUCGAUCAUGUACAUGAUUAAAAAAAAAAUGUUUACGUUUUUUUAUUCUUUUAUAUACGAACACCUUUAAAAAAGUUUGACGUUUGGGUAACACUUCCUUGUGAAGUACAUUUUCUCCUCGGAGCCCUUAUGUCAUUUUCAGUUAGCUGCCAAAAGGCUAAAAUGACAAUACUGAUGUUUCAUGCAAUAAAUCAUUAUUAGUCAACCAAAGAUGAUGAUUAUUUUUUCGAGUAUAAUACUCAGUAUUUAUGUGUUACUAACUGCUUUUGAUAAAUAAAAAUACAUCACAAUACCCUGUGAUUUUAAUACGA